GCAUGCAGGUCCCCUCUUCAGGACAUCAUUAAAAGCCUACAUGCACUUGUCUGACAUCAAUUGUCAGGCACGGUCGCAAGGUACAGAGAUCCGUGCAGCGAGCAGGGAAACGACCCCAGGGGAGAACAAUCUUGGCCGCUCGGGCCUGAAAGAGUCUGAAAAUCGUUUGGUUGCGGGGGUGUCAGAAGAGACAAAAGCGCGCAGCAGGUAAGAGCUAGGGACGGUUGCCAAGAAGGAACUGGCCCUGAUCGCUGUGACAGGAUUGAAGCCCUGGGGAACCUCUCUCAUUGGAACAUCCACGCGUCCCCGAGGGGCUGCCUGUCUCCUCUCAUCAGCAUCGAGGGGAAACAUUUCAUAGCCUUCCUCUUUGGUGCCGCUAAUCCGGUUAUCUGUUGGGUUAUAAAUAUUAAUGCCCUCGCGCCGUUCGGCUGGGGAUGGUACCAGCCAAGCCCUCUGUGAAGUGAGAUAUCAGCCUCUUCCCAGCCCGCACACGCCCUGGGAGAAUCGAUGAAAUAUCCAGCCGAGCCCAGCAAAUGGCGUAUCAGGAAGGGCCGGUGGGCGCCUCGGUGCUGGACUUCGUGGCCGAUCUCUCCCUGGGGUCUCCUGAGUGCCACCCUCGAGGGGUGCCCAGCCUGGACCUGUACGAUUUCUCCUCCGGACCUCCGUUUGGGGAGAGAGCCCUGGCUCUCCGAGAGGGCAUGGCCAGGGGGCUGCCUCUGGCCCCCUUUGAUGAUGGAGACCCCGAGGAAGAAGAGGAGGAGGAGGAGGAGGAGAGAAUGAGGGGCACGUCUCUGCUGGACAGACCCAAGAGAAAGCGAGUCAUCACCUAUGCCCAGCGCCAGGCUGCCAACAUACGGGAGAGGAAGAGGAUGUUCAACCUCAACGAAGCGUUUGAUCAGCUGAGGAAGAAGGUGCCCACCUUCGCCUACGAGAAGCGGCUGUCCAGGAUAGAAACCUUACGCCUGGCCAUAGUCUACAUCUCCUUUAUGACUGAACUCUUGGACAGCUGCAACAAGAAGGAGGCGAGCUAGAGAGCCGAGGACGCAGGGCUUCUCCAUCCAGGGAUGGAGGCGGACAGCAUCCCAGCCCGGGCAGGCGGAAGAGAAAGGUCGGGGACGCAGUUUAGCACAGGCAGUGCUCCUGGCUCUCUGGCUAGUGUCUGGGGUCACGUAGAGGAUUCAGGGGAUGAUGGGAUAAAAUCAAAUUAAGGGGCACUCCGGGAGGGCGGGGCAGGGAGGAAAGCGUCACCAUCUGUACAUUCAUUGAUAUCUAAUGGGACUUUUGGCAAGAAAAAAAGUGGUGAUUUUUGUUUGUUUCUUUUUACUUAAAACGUUGCCACCUGCUGCCUUUGGGGAAAGGUCUGAGGCUUCCCCGCUGACAUAGACCUGGUGGCUUUCAACGGGAUUUUCCUGGGAGGCAUCCCUGCCUUACAUGACGAGGAGUAAAUGCUUUCCACACA